AUGAGCGGGAAGAAGAAUAACUCUGGAGAGGAAAAAAAAAGCGCUGCUCUAUCGGCUCAUUGGCAGUGUUUUUCGUCUUACUUAUACUUGAACCCUGCUCAGGAAAAUGCUGCUGAUAAGGAGAAUGAAACAACUGUUCUCUACACUCGUAGAUAUCAAUACAAUCUUUACAAGGGAAUUAUGGUAACUCGAACUGCAACCAUUCUUCGCGAAGAAAAUGGCGAUGAUAAGGCUCCCUUACUGCACCUUCUGACUGUGGAUCUUAUUAGAAGAGAUCAGGUCGAUGAGGAAGCCCGACAAACAUUGGCACCUGAUUUCAAUUGCGUAGUUUUCCAUGAUGCUUACAAAACGUCUUUCUACGUUCGUUUCAUGAAAGCGACUCAGCUUUUCAAGAUGCAGAAUUUUCCUCAUCUUCUAAAAAACCAUUUGGAUAUCAAGAAAGCGUAUUAUUUCGGUGAUUUGAAAGUUAUCGAGAACCCUCAUGAGAUGCAAGCAAAUUUCAUGAAUCUAUCUCUUGCUGAUGAUUGCACCAUGAUGGAGGUACUAGUCGGGAACUGA